UACGGCCAUGAUGAUCAGUGUACGUUGAAAACAUCUUUGGUAAUUGCUCAUGCAGAACGAAAACUUCUUUGAAGUGAGAAGGUCAACAUUUACAUUCAACAAAAGUAAUGUAGGGCCUAUGCUGUCGCGUCCCGUAGCAACGAACUCUGUUCACAAUGCGAAUGUCUAAACAGAUUCUUCUCUCGAGGGCAAAGAGACGACUUAAGUUAGUGGAGUAUAUCGACCUUUCAGAUUUAGAAAUCGUUGCAGUUGAGUGCCUGUGUUACUGUCCAAGUUUACAAAGUUUAAAAUUGAGAAACAAUUAUAUAGAUGUUGUCUGCAAUUUAACAUCUUGUAACCAACUCUGGAACAUAGAUCUAGGAAAUAACAGAGUUACAAAUUUAGAUGGUCUGUCCAGAUUUGUUGCUCUUGGCUUGGUAAAUUUAUCAAAUAACAAUUUAACAUGGGCUGAAUUGAUGAAGAUUCGUCAUAUUCAAAUCUUGGAUCUUCAUCUGCAUGGCAAUACCAAGUUAGAAGCUGAUCCUAACUAUCGUAUUCAUGUUGUUGACUCGCUACAUAACAUCUGGAUGCUGGAUGGCAGAAUUAUUACAUCAAAUGAGAGUAUUCAAGUGGAGCAUUUCUUUGAAAAGUCAUCACUCUCUUCACAUCCAGUUCGGCACAAACUUACAAAAAAACAAUUUGUGACAACAGCUAUGAAAAGGAUUCAGGUAGAAGGGUCAUAUGGUGAGAGGACAAUGCAUCUGAUGGUUCGGUUUCCGCAAGUUGAAUGCUUGAACGUGGACACUGAUAUACGCAGGAUAAAAUACUUGGCAUUCAACCUACAGCGAGACCUCUUCCUUGCGGAAUGCUACGGUGAAUGGUGGGUAACUACAUUCAAUUGUGGGUCAAAUGAGGAUAAUCUACCGUGCAACUUUCUUGAGAAGCUUAUUGAGUGCAGGCCGAGUGAUUGUGAACGUUUUAACGUCUUGCUACUACUAUUAGUAGCGUCACUGGAAUUCUCAUUCCCAACCAUACUCAUGGAGGAAGCAGUUAAAGAGGCAAAGCUCGUCAAACUAAGUAAUGUUUCUACCAUUCACCUGUUUUUGUUGCCAAGAGACAUAAGAGGACAAAUUUGCUCUUUGUUGUUGAGUGCAGUAAAAGUUGAUCGAGAUGCUAGAAAGGAUGAUGGUCUUCAUGAUAGACUCUACCUGUGUCUUUACUACACCAUAACUGACAUAAUAAAAAGAAUGCAUGCCAGGCCCGACAGUUCACCAAAGCAUGUCUUAAAACGAAUAUAUCGUCAGUAUCGAGGUUUGUUAGCUGCAGAAGUAGUCCAGCUUUUCUGCAUUGUGCCGUCAUUCUUUGACUUGAUGCAAAACGACCCUGGAGUGAUGCAGCUUGUGUCAGCUGCGUCUGGUGACGGAGAUAUGCCACAAAAAGUCUCAACCCUAAUGGAGAGGAUCAUUGAAAGUGGGGGAAAUUCUAGACGGAUGGUGGAAGAAGCUAGUGAAUUAAUUAUGGCAUCUAUCUACGAGAAUACAAGGAAUGUAUUUGGACACAAGAUUCCAGCAAAAAGCCAGUCAAGAUAUGUUUUAUCUAUACAAGAAGCUAUUCCACGGCGACCUAUGUCAACACCACUGUAUUCGAGUAGUUUACUUUCUGAAGGCCGUAGCCACUCAGCUAAGUCCAGAAAGGUUAUUGGGUUAAAUCCAAGGAAAGUUGUGGCUAAAAAAGCUCCUGUGUUGGGUGAAAAAGUACUAUUAGGCCCUCAAAACCUAGGGUUUAUCAUUGCCCUACCAGAGUCAAGUAUUGCACUGAUACAGCUGGAGAACAUACCAGAUUUAACACCAAGAUUUAAAGCACAUAGUGGUUCCAUGAUUUCCAAGUUUAAGAAUCAUAAUGAUUUCUACUCAUAUGUUAAUAUGAAAGGAAUGGUCUUCAAUGGAGAUUUUGGUUACUGGAAACCAAAAAGAACAAUUGGAGACAGAAUUACUAUGGAGACGACAGUUGAGACAGAUUUCAUGCCACCAAAUCCCCCUAGUAGCCCUCAGCAAGGCAGAAGCCCUAAGGGGUCAUACAUAGGCUUAGCAGUGGAGCCACAGACACACCCACAAAAUAUACCACCAUCAAUCUCAGAAGUUUUACUUGAAAAGCAGAGAAAUUCUGUUUCAAGCGCAAGUACAGUAAAGUCUAUAGUUAGUAGAAGCAGGGACUCCCUGGCUUCAGAUGGACCAGAUAAAAUCCAGCAAGUUAAGCAGAGUACCCUAUCCACAUAUGACAGCAUGAAUGAUGAGUCUGAUCUCAAUAGCGCCCUCUAUGAUAGUGUCAGGAAUGCAGUUGAAACAUUGAAUAGUAACAGUAAAGAGCUUACUUUUACUGAGUCCAUCAGUGAUGUUGAACAAACAAAAAGUUGUUUGGCAGACAAGUCCUGUAGCCAUUGUGUGAUGGCAGGAUGUGUGGCCUGUAGAUCCCAAGAUUCUCUUCACAGCCAUGUAAUGCACAGUGACAGUUCUAAAGUAGUCAGCAAGGCCCACCUGACUAUUGACCUUCGACCUGAUGGUGAACCUACUCAAACUGAGAUUGAAAGAAUUGAGAUGUGGGAUAAAUCUGUGAAACAGAAUUACAAGCCACGAAAACGAGCAAGUAGUGCGUAUGCACGUUAUUCAACGUCAAUGAUGCAAGACUAUGACAAUCAUCGGAAGAGCAGCAGUCCUGUAAUGAUCCAAAUGGGCAAUACUUGGUUGGCUGGUGGUCAUGACCUCCACUACAUUACUAAAAAGACAAAUCAAAUGAAACUUAAUCAUAUACCAGGUUGGAAGCAAGGUUUACAAGGGCGCCCUCAGUCAUCAAAGUCUUUUACAGAAAGGAUGCAGAAGAAAAUUAGGAACAUCAAUUCAGCUCAUCCACGACUAGAACACGUUGCUAGUAAGUGAACAACAUUUAAUCCACAGGCACUCUACCAGACAAUUUAAUCAUUUUCAUCUACCUGUUACUCGUACUGCUCUUAGCUCUUACUCUGGCCCUGUGAUGUGGAGUUUUCUUCCCUCAACCAUAAAAAAUUCCCUCACUA